UGAAUCUGACCGGAUUCCCGAUUCCAGGGGCCAUCCGAGUCCUCCCUAUAAAUCCGCUCCCGAGACGCAUCAAAUCUCACACCCGUUUUCUCUGCAUCCUCCGUGCCGGUCCAUCUCCUUCAAAGUACCAAACUUUCAGCAGUUUUCUUUCCUCAGAGCUUGAAGGAGAUGGAGACCUUCCUAUUCACCUCUGAGUCAGUGAAUGAGGGGCACCCUGACAAGCUAUGCGACCAGGUUUCUGAUGCGGUGCUCGAUGCCUGCCUUGCCCAGGACCCCGACAGCAAGGUUGCAUGUGAGACCUGCACCAAGACCAACAUGGUCAUGGUCUUCGGGGAGAUCACCACGAAGGCGAAUGUUGACUACGAGAAGAUUGUACGCGACACUUGCCGCUCGAUCGGGUUCGUGUCUGAUGAUGUUGGCCUCGACGCUGAUAACUGCAAGGUCCUUGUGAACAUCGAGCAGCAGAGCCCUGAUAUUGCCCAGGGUGUCCACGGUCACCUCACCAAGCGGCCUGAGGAUAUUGGUGCCGGAGAUCAGGGUCAUAUGUUUGGGUAUGCCACCGAUGAGACCCCUGAGUUCAUGCCAUUGAGCCACGUCCUUGCAACAAAGCUUGGGGCUCGCCUUACUGAGGUGAGGAAAAAUGGAACCUGCCCGUGGCUCAGGCCCGACGGGAAGACCCAAGUGACUGUGGAGUACCGCAACGAGAAUGGUUCAAUGGUCCCAAUCCGCGUGCACACCGUGCUUAUCUCAACCCAGCAUGAUGAGACUGUGACCAAUGAUGAGAUCGCUGCUGACCUAAAGGAGCACGUGAUCAAGCCCGUCAUCCCUGAAAAUUACCUUGAUGAGAAGACCAUCUUCCACCUCAACCCAUCGGGCCGCUUCGUGAUCGGUGGACCUCAUGGUGAUGCUGGACUCACCGGUCGGAAGAUUAUCAUCGACACAUAUGGAGGCUGGGGGGCCCACGGAGGCGGUGCCUUCUCUGGGAAGGACCCAACCAAGGUGGAUCGCAGCGGUGCCUACAUUGUGAGACAAGCUGCCAAGAGCAUUGUGGCCAAUGGGCUCGCAAGGAGAAGCCUCGUCCAGGUCUCCUAUGCCAUUGGGGUUCCCGAACCACUCUCUGUCUUCGUGGACAGCUAUGGGACCGGAAAGAUUCCUGACAAGGAGAUCCUCAAGAUUGUGAAGGAGAACUUCGACUUUAGGCCUGGGAUGAUUUCCAUCAACCUGGACCUAAAGAGGGGAGGCAACGGUCGGUUCCUGAAGACCGCUGCGUACGGGCACUUUGGGAGGGAUGACCCCGACUUCACCUGGGAGGUUGUGAAGCCCCUGAAGUGGGAGAAGCCACAGGCUUGAGGUCUAUGGCGUUGAAGCUCGAAAAACUAGCUGACUGUUGCCCACUGGGCUAUCCUAUCGUUUUUCUCUCUCUCUCUCCUUUUUUUUUUUUUUUUUUGGUCUUUUACAUUUCAAAUGGGUCUCUUGAAAGAUCGUCGCUGCAAUUCUUGGUGAAAUGCCAAUCGGAAAUUAAAUAUACGUGCGUUACAUUUCCACGAUA